AUGGAGGCGAUUCUCGACUUUUCCCAGGAGCUAGACCUCGAGCUCUUCGACCGAGUGGUGGCGGCGCUCUACUCGCUGGGGGGCUCCCGCCAAGACCAGCAGACGGCGCAGCGCGUCCUCGCCGAGUUCCAGGCCAACCCGGAGCUGUGGAAACGCGCUGACACCAUCUUGCUGCUGCUGACCCAGUCCCAGGGCAAGUACAUCGCGUUGCUGUGCUUGAACGACUUGAUCCAGUACCGCUGGAAAACGAUCCUGCCCGAAGAGCGGGUGGGUAUCAGAAACUUCAUCGUCAAUAUGAUCAUCUCGCUCUGCGACAACGACCAGGCGUUCGAGCACGAGCGGGCAUUGAUUAAUAAAAUUGACUUGACGCUUGUUUCAGUGUUGAAACAGGAAUGGCCCCACAACUGGCCCCAGUUUAUUCCCGAGAUCGUGUUGCUGCUGCGGUCAUCGUUCAACGUGUGUGAGAACAAUAUGAUCAUCCUCAAGUUGUUAUCGGAAGAAGUGUUUGACUACUCGAGCGACCAGUUGACCCUGGCCAAAGCCACCCAGUUGAAACAGCUGAUGAGAGCCGAGUUUGAAGAGAUCUUCAAGUUAUGUUACGAAGUAUUGGACAAGACGCUGAAGCCGCUGUUGGUGAUUGCCACCCUCAACUGCUUGAGCCGCUACAUCCCCUGGAUCCCCAACGACUACAUUUUCAAGACCGACUUGCUCACCUACCUCACGGAUAAGUUCUUGGCUCCCCCCGACACUCGUGCCGAGGCGCUUAAGUGCUUGACGGAAGUGGCCGCCCUCGACGGGCCCGCCGACGCCACCGAACAAUUGUUUGCCCGGGCCAUCACCCAGUUGCAACAGAUCAUCCCCCCUGAAACCAACUUGCGCAGCCUGUACAAGCUGGCGCUGGCCAACGACCAGCUGUUCCUCCAGGACUUGGCGCUCUUCCUCUGCACCUUCCUCUCUAACCACUUGGUGAAGCUUGAAAAGGACACCCUGCAGGAGCUUGUGUUGACGGCGUUGUCGUACCUUUUGGAGCUCUCACGGAUUGACGAAAGAGAAUUGUUCAAAACGUGUUUGGAGUUCUGGAACGAUUUCGUCAAACAGUUGUUUGAAGAAGUGAAGAACUUGCCCCGCCAGAACUUGACUCCCAUGAUGCAAUUGCAAUACCCGGGGCUGGCGAUGCUGGUGGGUGCCCCUGAUCCCGCGGUGCUCGAACGGUUCCCAUUGCGCCAGCACAAGUACAAGCAGAUCUUGCUGAAGCUCCGGUGGGUGGUGAUUGAGCUGAUGGUGCGUCCCGAGGAAGUGUUGGUGGUGGAAAACGACGAAGGGGAAAUUGUCCGUGAGUUUGUUAAGGAAACCGAUACUAUCCAGUUGUACGAGACCCAGCGCCAGGUGCUCGUGUACCUCACCCACUUGAACGUCGUCGACACCGAGGAGAUCAUGAACACCAAGCUUGCCCGUCAGAUCGACGAGCUGGAAUGGCUGUGGAACAACAUUAAUACCUUGUGCUGGGCGAUCGGGCUGAUCUCGGGGACGAUGAACGAGGACAUGGAAAAGCGGUUCCUCGUCACCGUGAUUAGAGACCUCUUGCAGCUCACUGACCAGAAGCGCGGCAAGAACAACAAGGCGGUGGUGGCGCUGAACAUCAUGUACAUUGUCGGCCAGUACCCCCGGUUCCUUAAGGCUCACUGGAAGUUCCUCAAGACGGUGGUGAACAAGUUAUUUGAAUUCAUGCACGAAACCCACGAAGGGGUCCAGGACAUGGCCUGCGACACCUACUUGACCAUCGCCCAGAAGUGCAAGCGCCACUUCGUCGUCACCCAGCAGAACGAAGUGGAGCCGUUUAUCGUCGAUAUCACUCGCCACAUCCCCCGGAUCACCGAAGAUCUUCAACCGCAACAGGUGCACACGUUCUACGAGGCGUGCGGGGUGAUCAUCCUGGCGGAACUGAACAAGACCCAGCGCGACCAGUUGCUUGCCGGGCUCAUGGAGAUCCCCAAUAUGGCGUGGAACGAGAUCACGGCGACGGCAAUGCGGGAACCGCUGCUUUUGGACGACACCGACAGCGUCAAGGUGAUUGCCAACAUCUUAAAGACUAAUGUCGCCGUGUGCAAAGCUUUGGGCCCCGGCUUCUACCCGCAGUUGGGUAAGCUCUACAUCGACAUGUUGCUGUUGUACCGAGCCGUGUCGGGGAUGAUUUCCCAGGCCGUUGCCGCUGACCCCGUGGUGGCUCCUAAGACCCCCAAGGUGAGACUGUUGCGUACCAUCAAGAAGGAGAUCCUUAAAUUGGUGGAGCUGUUCAUCUCGCAAGCCGAUAACUUACAGGAAGUCGUCGACAAUAUCGUCCCCGGGGUGCUUGAGGCGGUGCUUGUUGACUACCAGCUGAACGUGCCCGACGCCCGUGACGCCGAAGUGUUGGCGUGUCUGACGACGAUCGUCGACAAGUGCGGCCACAUGAUCGCUGGCCUGGUGGUGGGGAUCUUGCAGCACGUGUUUGAGUGCACGUUGGACAUGAUCAACAAGAACUUUGUCGACUACCCCGAGCACAGACGCGAGUUCUACCGCCUUUUGCGCGAGAUCAACUUGAAGCUGUUCUCGUCGUUGCUCCAGUUGGAUGAGCUGGCGUUCUCGUUGGUGAUCCAGGCGACGCUCUGGGCGUUCAAGCACAACAACCGUGACGUCGAGGAGAACGGGUUGGCGUUGGCGCUUCGUCUCUUGAACAACGUCGAAGAGUUGGGCGACACUCCGUUCACCCAACAAUUCUACGCCAACUACUACUUCACCAUCUUGUCCGAGGUGUUGUUCGUCGUCACCCAGCCUGACCACAAGCUGGGCUUCCGCUACCAGCUGCAGUUGUUGGCGCAGAUGGUCCACUUGGUUGAAGACAACGUCAUCAAGCAGCCGUUGGCCGAGGACAAGAGCGUGCUGAACCUGCAGUACACCCAGCAGUUCUUGGCGAACACGUUGCUGGAGGCGUUCUCCAACUUGAACCGCGAGCAGAUCGUCCAGUUCAUCACGGCGUUGACGCAAACUUACUCGAACUUGAACAAGUUCAAGCUGGUGCUUAAGGACUUUUUGAUCCAGAUUAAAACGGUGGGCGGCGACGUCGAGGCCUACGUGUUUGCCGAGGAGUUGGAAGAAGCGCGCAAGCUCCAAUUGAGAGAACAGCGGGCGCUCGACUCCCAGGUGGGUGGAUUGAUCCGCCCCAAGGACCUUGACGACGACGAGUAA